AUGUCUGACUUAAAACAAGCCCUUAAAGAUAAUCCAAGAAAUGCUUUGGAACCAUAUAUAGUUGGGCUUCAAAGCGACUCGAAGAUUACUCGUAGACAGGCUCUUAAGAAAAUAAACGAAGAACUUUUCGAAAACCCCUUAAAUGAAGACUGUGAUCUGACAUGUGUAUUUCCAGAAAUUUAUGCUUACAUUUUAAAGAGUUUUUCUGAUACUUCUGAAGCAUGCCGAGAGUGUGCCAUUGCUAUCAUAUCAAAUUUUAUAAACCGACUACCUCUAAAUGAUUACUAUUUGACUUAUAUACUUCCUGUCAUUGUUCGCCGAAUAGGCUGUGCAGAAACUAUUGAAGAUUGUGAAGAAAUAAGAUUAAGUUUGACAGAACUUGUUCAUAACAUUUUAUUGAAAUACAGAGGAACACAUUUAUUAAGUUCAUUUAUUAAUGAUUUUACUAGCAUUUUGACCAAGAUUAGUACGGAUCCUUUCCCAAAAGUGAAACUACAAGCAUGUGAAUGUAUUAUACUCUUGACCAAAGUUUUGCAGAGAGAUUUCCAUUUCCAGUCAGAAAGCUAUGUGAAGCCUCUUUUAUCAAAUUUCUCUCAUCAGCAUUUUAGAGUGCGAGUAGCUGCUAUUCAAGCUAUAGGUGCCGUUGUUAUGGCUGGUAAUGUAAAAUGUUUUGAACUGUCUAUCACUCCGAUGGCAGAAAAAUUGUUUGAUGAGAACACUCAAGUAAGACUUCAAGUAACAUUGGAAGUUGGGAAUUGGAUGUUAAGCUACAGAGAUCGUUAUUCAUUUUGGCAUAGAAUGAUACCAUUGUUGCUUACAAGUCUCAGUGAUGUGAUGGCUGAUGUUAGAGAGACUGCAACCAAAUUGUGGAAUGAUAUCGGAAUUCAAUACAUGGAAGAAAACGAAGAGGACCUAAAAAAGAAGACAGAUUUCCUUAAAGAUGUUCCAACUCAUUAUCCUGAUGUAAAACGCCCAAAUCUUGGAUGCAGAAUGCUAGUCCAAAGCAAUAUUGGGAAAAUUGUACCAGCCAUUGGUAAAGAAAUGGAUGGCUGGCAGGCCGAUGCUCGUCUCCGUUGUGCCCAGCUGCUAUGUUGGUUGUUAUUAUGUGCUGAAGAGGGCAGCACACAACAUGCUAACACAAUUGUCAGGACAUUACAUAGAGGAGCUAGUGAUGAUGACCAAAGAGUUGUGACCGAAAUAAAACGAGCAUCUGAACUAUUUGGGUAUUUUAUAACGCCGGAAACUUGGUGGCCGCUAUUGGAAGCUGAGGUUGACUCAUGGGGUGCUCUGUUUGUGAUAACUAACAUCUUGAAGGGCUCUAGGUCCGAACAAAUCAAGGGAAAAGUUAUGAUUGAGCUGUGUAAGGAAUUAUCAGAUCCCGACAGAUGUAGAUCGAGAAAGCCAAAGUAUCAAACAAAUUUACUCCACGUGACCGAGGCUUUAAUGGACUUGUGUAAAGAGGAUUGUAAUGAAGUUGCGGAACAUUUGUUCAUUAUCAACUUCACAGUGUACGCAAUGCCUUAUGACGAGAAAAUGCAGUUUAUGUCUUUGUCAAAUCUAGACAAGCUCCGCUACAUAGAGCAGUGUGGUCGCAGUCUAACUUGUCUGUACGAGCGUCAUAUACAGCGUGUUCUAUCAGACAUUACUAGUGACGCGCUAACAUGGACCUUACUUACACCUGACAGAUGCUUAUUGGAGUGUGUCUUGUUACAUGGAGGUCCAGCGAUGGGAGCUCAACUGCACCUUAUAGCUCCGUUGUUAAAAGAAUGCUUGUCCACCCCGAAAGUUGACCCUGAGGUCAAGUUGAAGCUUUUCACAACGUUUUCAUCGGUAUUAUUACAAAGGCAGAGCAAUUUCAGUAAAUGUGAUUCGGAUAAACUAGAAGCCUUCUUGAAGAUUGUCAUUGAAGAGGUGAUAAUGCCAAACCUUGUGUGGUCCCCCGGUCGCACGUCUGAGGCUAUCCGUACAGCCGCGGUCGCAUGUCUGUGCUCCGCCUUACAGGACCAGAAAGAUCAACUCAAUAUGGAGAAGGGUGGGGAUGGUGAUAAUAAUGAUAAGGAAGUAAACCUGUUCCCAUCCAAAGAAUCGCUGGAGCCAUUCCUAGAUGAGAUGGUGCCCUUACUAGUGGCUCUGACUGAUGAUAACUCGACACUAACUCGACAACACACGCUACGUGCUAUAUGCUCUCUGGCGUCCCUUGCGAAUCAACGGGACUGUUUCACCGUUGAAAUACUACAUAAACUAUAUUUCGUGGUAUUAAAGCGACUGGAUGACAGCAGCGACAAGGUCCGAUCGUUCGCAGUACAGACAUUGACAGUGUUGUUUAAAUGUCGCCCUGAAUACAACACUGUUGUGUUUAACGCUCACAUCGACGCCCUCUACAGCGCCAUGUUGAUACACCUAGAUGACAGCGAUGACGAUUUCCGGAAAGAGAUACUCGAGGCCUUAAUAUCGUUAAGUGAGAUAGAUCCGAAGCUUCUAUUGAAGAAAGUGAAGGCGAACAUUCAUCUAUAUAGAAAUAAAGCAGCGUAUGAACGCUUGUCUGACCAUAUAGAAAAAAAUUAUACCUCAAUUUGA